AUGCAACACAGAGGGGGAACGGUCGAUUCUGGCAAGCCGGCGGCCGAGGAUGAUAGCGCGGCUUGGCAGCGGCCAGCUGCGCCUCCGCCUGGCCUAGGCCCGGCUAGCGACGACCCCCUCUGCUGGCUGUCUGGCCACACACGGCUGUCGGAAGGAGCCGCCGAUCUCGGUGAGAUACAUUUUGUGCUCCUCGUCAGCAGGCAGGGGAAGGUGAGGCUGACGAAAUGGUACACUCCAUACCCACAGAAGCAGAGAUCCAAGAUCAUCAAAGAGAUAAGUACGCUCGUCCUGACAAGAGGCCCCAAGCUGUGCAAUUUUGUUGACUGGCAAGGUUACAGAGUUGUGUACAAGAGGUAUGCUAGCCUUUACUUCUGUAUGUGCAUUGACCCUGCUGACAAUGAACUGGAAACCCUUCAGAUCAUACAUCACUAUGUUGAGAUAUUGGACCGGUACUUUGGCAAUGUCUGUGAGCUUGAUCUGAUAUUCAAUUUUCAUAAGGCAUACUUUAUAUUGGACGAGAUUUUGAUUGCUGGUGAACUUCAGGAAUCAAACAAGAAAUCGGUGCUACGUCUAGUAACUACACAGGACGCUUUGGUGGAAGCCGCAAAGGAGAAGGCAGGCUCAUUGAGGAACAUAAUUGCACAGGCUACCAAGUAG